GCAAAUUAUGUGGUCUGCCUCUGAUGACAGCCGAGGGCCCGGUCCGCACAGUGGAUCAGUCUUUCCGGGGUUCAAACAACAAGUCUAGUGUGCUUCAGGAGAGUCGAGGACCAUCGAUGACAAAUUAGUAGAAUAUUUAUAUGAAACGUUUGCAUUAACAGCAGGCCCACUGCCUUUCAGGAAGAAGCACAGUGGGGCACGACAAAAAGGAGUUCAGUGAACUAACGUUACGACAACGGCUAACAGUUCGCAGCUAGCUAAAUAGUUAGCCACGACCGCACACAGGUAUGUCUGAAGUUAGUCUUGAGGCUGAAUCGGGGAAGACCUCAGCCGAGGACUCUCAAAUGGAUUUUGAUGAGGCAGAUAAAGCAGAAGAGAGUUUGAGGGAGGAUGUAAAACAGGCGAGUGUAGACAACAGUAGGGGAAGAAAUGACCGAGAUGAUGUGCUGUACGACAUUGAUAUUGACAGCGCUGAAGAAAAUGCAGAAAACACGGCUAUUCAGAAGGAGGAUGAGGGCAUUCAGAGAGAGAGUGUGGCGAAGACAUGCAGUGGCAGCGAUGCUGCAGACAUGUCUGACAGUGUAGAAAAUGGGGCACACGAGACAAAUCGUCAUGUUGAAACGGCUGAAACACCAGAGGAAAGUGGAGAUUCUCACACUGAAACAAAGCAAAGCAUAAUGACUGAGGAGUCCCAUAGAGGCUCAGCCGCUGAGAUCCCAGUCACCAGCAAUGGAGACCUGGAUCAGAGCCCUGAGAGCGUAUUCCAGAGGGACUCCUACCCCAGUGUCCCCAGGGCUCUAAAUCUUUCAGAGUCCUGUGUCACCUCCAGCAACUUCGCUUCAACAACAGAGGGCAUCAUUGAAUCAGGACCAUACAAAGGGUCGGCAAGCAUGCCCACGUCACCUGUGACACCUGUAGCUCCCAGCUCGGCUGUUGCUAGCCGCCUGGCGCGCUCUUCCAGCGAUAGUCAGGCUGAGAAAGGCGAGAUGAAUGCACAGCCAAUGAGUGGAGCGGUGGUCCUUUCAGAUGACUUGAAGAGCCCAGCCAUGGAAAAACUGGACCUAGUGAGAAAGUGGAGCAUCAACACAUAUAAAUGUACCAGGCAGAUCCUGUCAGAGAAGCUGGGUCGAGGCUCGAGGACCGUGGACCUGGAGCUGGAGGCUCAGAUCGAUGUCCUCCGCGACAACAAGAGAAAAUACCAGAAUGUAAUCAAGCUGGCUCAGACGCUGGCCAGUCAGCUGUCCCAGAUAAUGCAGACACAGAGGCAGCUGGGCGACGCAUUCGCCGACCUCAGCCUCAAGUCACCAGAACUGCAUGAGGAGUUUGGUUACAACGCUGACACCCAAAAGCUUUUGUCCAAAAAUGGAGAGACACUGCUGGGUGCCAUCAACUUUUUCAUCUGCAGUGUGAACACACUCGUGGACAAAACAAUCGAAGACACCAUGGUUAAUAUCAAACAGUAUGAAUUUGCCAGGGUUGAGUAUGACGCGUACCGUACAGAUUUGGAGGAGUUGAAUCUGGGGCCCCGUGACGCCGCCGCCAUGCCCAAGAUUGAGCACUGCCAGCAGCAGUUCCAGAUCCACCGCGAGAAGUACGAGAGGAUGCGGAACGACGUCUCCGUCAAGCUGAAGUUCCUGGAAGAGAACAAGGUGAAGGUAUUGCAUAACCAGCUCAUCCUGUUCCACAACGCCAUAGCUGCGUACUACGCUGGAAACCAACAGCAGCUGGAACAGACACUCAAGCAGUUCCACAUCAAGUUGAAAAUGCCAGGUGGGGACAGUCCAUCUUGGCUGGAAGAGCACUAAUCACUACUUUCGAAAGCCACAGCGGCUGAGUUUGACAGGAAAUGUCAAAUUCUACAGAAACUACAGGACCCCCCCCCUCCCUUCAACUCUACUGUCACAGCCUUUUCAAACUUUCAGAACUGUAAAUCUUUCAACUCAAUACAAAAAGGAGGACAAAAAAUCCUCCCAUAAUCUGUUUGACACUUGUUAAAUCAUACUUUUCAUCUUGCAGUUAUUUGAAAUCAUGGGAGACGCACUUUUAUACUGUUUGACAAAUCUGUUGAACGGGAGUUGCUGCAGUAAACACAUUUGGAAAACUGUAAAUGGCUUUUUGUAUUCCAGCGUAUGAAUGUUGUAUCCCAGCACGGCGGACAUGUUGGCUCUGUAAGGGCAGCUACGGGAUCCAAAACACUGCCGUCUUACCCAUUAUUGACAUUACUCUUAUCAGCUGACUGAGAUGUGGAUGAAUGCUUUUUGAAAGACCAAUCGGGAAGCUUCAGGAGACUGAAUACGAAUUCUCUCAUGAUUUGAUCUUAAACCGGUUGUGAUAAACGGGGCAAAGCAUCAUUCAGAUUCAUGAAUCAUGCAAAUGCAAACUGGUCAUUUUAACCAGCAAACUCUGAUUAAAGUGGUAGUUUUGGCAUUUUAGGAAAUGCGCUUAUUUGCUUUUUUACUGAGAGUUUCUUUAAUUUAAGGCUACAGCCAGCAGCCGGUUAGUUUAGCUUAGCAUAAUGACUAGAAACGGGACGGGGGGGACAGCUAGCCGGGCUCUGUCCAAAGGUAAAAAACGUUCUGCCUACCAGCACCUCUAAACCUCACUAAUACAAAAACCAAAGUAAAAAAUCAAAUUGUGGUUUAAUCUAAUCUUCGGACAGAGCCAGGCUCAGUAUUUCACUCUGAUGCCAGUCUUUAUGCUAAGCUAACCAGCUGCAGGCUGUAGCUUAACAUUUAAUCUUCUCAUCUAACUCUCAGCAAGAAAACAAAUUAGAGUAUUUCCCAAAAUGUCAAACUAUUCCCUUAAAUUGAUCCGUUAAAAUCAUACUGAUCGCCGUUCACAACAAAUCCUGUAUGUUGGUAUGUUGUUAUGUUGACACAAUGCUACUUGUAAUCAAUAUCACCCUUUGGAUUUUUUUUAGCAUUCCUGUUUUCUUUACAUUCAUGGCAUUUGACUGAAUGGGUAAAAAUGUUGAUUCUCUUAGAUUCCAGAGAAAAUGUUGGACCAGCCUUAUGUGACUAAAUGUGCCUUGAAUUCUUGAAUUAGUUCUUCUCUUCCCCUCCGUGCUUUGAUAUCUGGUCUUGCUGUUGAAAACCGACGCUCUCACUACCAGUUUUUUUUUUUUCUUUUUUUCGGGACCAACUCUUGAAGGAAGAGAAUGGACCACACACCCAUGCACACACUCUUGGAGUACAGUUAAAACCUGUACAACUGUAAAUGUUAACACACUCCACGCAACACAAACAUGAUGGCUAUGUUACAGAAUACUCCAGUAACAUUCAGAAAGUAAAUAUAUUUUAAAACUUGCUGUUCUCAAAGAUAUUUAUCCAUAUUGCACAUGUUCACAUUUACGCAUUUGGGACUAAUUACAUAAGAACUUGUAAGUGCUGUACGAUAUGUAAGGUGACAACCAAAAUACGAUUAACUUGAGAAACCUUUUGUAAAUUUGAAAGACCAGCAUCCUUUGUCUGAGCUGCUAACGGUUUCUAUCAUUGGGCUGCAUAAAAGUAUAUUUUUUAAAGAGGACAUAUUGUACCCCGGUAUUGAUAACCAGCUGUCCUCAAUUUGUACUUUCCCUAUGGCUCGCCAUAGCAGUUUAAGAGUGUGAAUCUUGUACAACAAUCUAAUGUUUCCCUGAAAUAGAUGGAUAUAUAUAUUUGUAAUUUUCUCUAUUUUGCCUUUGAAUAUGUAGUUUAUGAUCAAUGCUGCCAUUUGGCUUUGAUUUAGUUUAGUUUUCCUGAAGACCUACAGAAUGAUGUGCUAGUGGAGCUCUACCUUUUUGUAAUAAUGAAACAUUAACAAAUGUUGAGUUAAUAAAAGGAUUCUGAAUGUUUGGGAAAAUAAAAGUUUCUUUUCUUUA